CCUGAUGCACUGUCACCUUCCCUGGCUGUCCCUUCCGCGUGGGUCUGUAGUAGCAGGCACAGACCGUGGCACGAGCCCACGAGCCCGGGCACGGGCUCCGGCGGAGGGAUCUGCGGAGGAAGAGAGCGCUUCUGCGGCAGCACAAGAAGGGCGGCUGCAGGGUGAUGUGCCAACCGAUGUGAAGACGGACACUGUGUCCACGGUGGCUGGCCCGGGAGGGAGCUGAGUGGGCCUCGGCCCCCUGUGCAUCCUGCCAGGGCCAGGCCAGAGGCGCCCACCUCCUCUUCUGCAGCUGAUCCACAACCAACGAGGCUGCCUCAGCCCCUGCCUCGUCCGCCAGGGCCUACCACGACAGCCUCCCAGCAUGGCUCUUAAGAGAAUCCACAAGGAACUGAACGACCUGGCGCAGGAUCCCCCAGCCCAGUGUUCAGCGGGCCCCGUCGGGGAAGACAUGUUCCACUGGCAAGCUACAAUCAUGGGGCCCAAUGACAGUCCCUACCAGGGCGGGGCCUUUUUCUUGACAAUUGACUUCCCAACAGAGUAUCCCUUCAAACCGCCCAAGGUUGAAUUUACAACAAGAAUUUAUCAUCCAAAUGUUAACAGUAACGGCAGCAUUUGUCUUGAUAUUCUUCGCUCACAGUGGUCUCCAGCACUAACCAUCUCCAAAGUGCUUCUGUCCAUCAGUUCUCUGCUGUGUGACCCCAAUCCAGAUGACCCCCUAGUGCCUGAGAUCGCUCAGAUCUACAAAACAGACAGGGACAAGUACAACAGAACAGCUCGGGAAUGGACGCAGAAGUAUGCCAUGUGACCAAAGAGAUUAUUGGCUAUCCUCUACAAAUAAAGCUAGGGGAACUCUGAAAGUCCUUCUGACUCCCAUCUGACUGCUGUGAGCCCACACCGCACCCGUUUCAUCCCUUCCUGGCGCACCUUUGUUCACCUGAUCCGGUACAGCUGCAAGUUGUCCGCACCAGAAAUACUGUACUGUCCUAGCACAGGAGUGCUCUCGAGGCAUAACCAAGAUGUGAGAUUAAAAGUUUUCCUAACUGA